AUCGUGAGUACUGGGAUGGUGCUAUCCUUGUGGCUUGUGAGCGAUUAUGCAGUCAGUGCUCAAGGUUUCCUGGCAAACUACGAAGUUCUACCAAGUCACACAUGUGGAAAUCCGGGAAGGCUCCAGAAUGGAAUCCAGCAAGGGACCAUGUUCAGCGUUGGCGACAAAGUGCGCUACAGCUGCAACCCAGGCUUCUUCCUGGAGGGCCACGCGCUGCUCACUUGCCAUGCAAGUUCGGAAAACACCGCCUCCUGGGAUUUCCCUCUGCCCUCCUGUCGAGCUGACGAUGCAUGUGGUGGGACCCUUCGGGGGCAGAGUGGAAUUAUUUCAACUCCCCAUUAUCCUUCGGAGUAUAACAACAAUGCGGAUUGCACAUGGACCAUUCUAGCAGAGCCCGGGGACACCAUUGCUUUGGUGUUCAUGGAUUUCCAACUGGAAGAUGGAUAUGAUUUUUUAGAAGUUACAGGAACGGAGGGGUCAUCGCUAUGGUUUACAGGAACCAACCUUCCUGCCCCCGUGAUCAGCAGCAAAAACUGGCUUCGACUUCACUUCACGUCUGAUGGGAACCACCGGCAAAAGGGGUUCAGUGCUCAGUACCAAGUCAAAAAGCAGAUGGAAAUGAAGUCCAGGGGAGUAAAACUGAUGCCAAGUAAAGACACAAACCAGAAGACAUCUGUGUUAACACAGGUUGGUGUGUCCCAGGGGCACAACAUUUGUCCGGACCCUGGGAUUCCAGACAGAGGCAAAAGAAUAGGCAAUGAUUUCCGGUUGGGAUCCAGCGUCCAGUUCACCUGCAACGAAGGCUAUGAUUUGCAGGGCUCCAAAAGCAUCACCUGUAAGAAGCUGAGUGAUAUGAUAGCCGCUUGGAGCGACCAGAGACCAGUGUGCAGAGCUAGAAUGUGUGACAUGUACCUCCGAGGCCCCAGUGGCGUUAUCACAUCUCCCAACUAUCCAGUCCAAUAUGAUAACAAUGCCUACUGCGUGUGGGUGAUAACAGCAGUCAACCCAGCCAAGGUCAUCAAACUCAUCUUUGAAGAAUUUGACUUGGAGAGAGGAUAUGACACCCUGACCGUGGGGGAUGGAGGGCAAGUUGGUGACCAGAAGAGCGUGCUUUACGUUUUAACAGGUACAUCUGUCCCUGAUCUGAUUGUCAGCACCCAACAUCAGAUGUGGCUUCUUUUCCAGACAGACAGUGUCAGGAAUUUACUGGGCUUCAAAGCAACAUAUGAAGAAAUCGACCAGGGUGGUUGUGGAGAUCCUGGAGUCCCAGCUUACGGCAAGCGAGAGGGGUCGACGUUUCGCCACGGGGACACGUUGACGUUCGAAUGCGAGCCUGCAUUUGAACUGAAAGGACAGAAAACAAUCACAUGUCAAAAGAGUAGCCAGUGGUCCUCUCAGAAACCAGUCUGUGUUUUUUCCUGCUUCUUCAACUUCACCACCCCCUCUGGAAUCGUUCUGUCUCCUAACUACCCUGAGGAAUACGGCAGCAGCUUGCAUUGCAUCUGGCUGAUCAUCGCGAAGCCGGAAAGCCGGAUCCACUUGGCGUUUAAUGAUUUUGAUGUGGAACCGCAGUUUGACUUCUUGGCUGUCAAAGACGGUGGGACUGCUGAGUCACCCGUCUUGGGGACGUUCUCGGGAGGCCAGCUUCCAUCAUCGCUAACCAGCAGUGGCCAUGUCACGAGACUGGAGUUCCAGACUGACCACUCCACAGAGAAGCGAGGUUUCAAUAUCACGUUUACCACUUUCAGGCACAACGAGUGCCCUGAUCCGGGCGUGCCCGUCAAUGGAAAACGGUUUGGCAACAGUCUUCAGCUUGGUAGCUCGGUGUCUUUUCUCUGUGAUGAGGGAUUCAUAAGGACACACGGCUCAGAAACUGUCACUUGUGUCUUGAAGGAAGGCAAUGUGGUUUGGGACAAUGCUGUGCUGAGGUGUGAAGCUCCCUGUGGCGGCCAUCUUACUUCUCCAAGUGGAAUGAUUCUGUCUCCAGGCUGGCCAGGUUUUUACAAGGAUUCUCUGAACUGUGCAUGGAUCAUAGAAGCUCAGCCAGGAUACCCCAUAAAAAUUACAUUUGACAGAUUUAAAACGGAGGUGAAUUAUGACACAUUGGAAGUACGUGAUGGCAAGUCCUAUUCGUCACCGUUAAUUGGGGUCUAUGAUGGGACUCAGGUCCCCCAGUUCCUCAUUAGCACCAGCAACUUCCUCUAUCUCCUCUUCACCACUGAUAAAAGCCACUCCGAUCUUGGUUUUCAGAUCCGUUAUGAAACGGUAAAGCUUCAGUCUGAUCACUGCUUGGAUCCGGGGAUUCCUGUCAACGGGCUACGACAUGGGAAUGAUUUCUACGUCGGGGCUCUGGUGACUUUCAGCUGUGACCCAGGCUAUACCUUGAGCGAUGGUGAAGCCCUGGAAUGUGAACCAAAUUUUCAGUGGAGCAGGCCUCUUCCCAGCUGUGAAGCUCUGUGUGGAGGCUACAUCCGUGGAUCCAGUGGCACUGUAUUAUCGCCAGGUUUUCCAGAUUUCUACCCUAACAAUUUAAACUGUACUUGGGUCAUAGAGGCAUCUCAUGGAAAAGGUGUGUUCUUCACUUUCCAUACCUUCCAUUUGGAAAGCGGCCAUGACUACCUGCUGAUCACAGAAAACGGGAGCUUCAGCCAGCCACUAAAGCAGCUCACCGGCUCCCGCCUGCCGGCCCCUUUCAGUGCUGGCCUCUUUGGGAACUUCUCUGCUCAAAUCCGUUUCAUCUCAGACUUUUCCAUUUCUUACGAAGGCUUUAAUAUCACCUUUUCAGAAUAUGACUUAGAACCUUGUGAUGAGCCGGAGGUUCCAGCCUACAGCAUCCGCAAGGGCCUCCAGUUUGGUGUGGGGGACGUCCUGACCUUCUCCUGCUUCCCUGGGUACCGGCUAGAGGGCGUCUCACGUAUUACCUGCCUGGGCGGUCGACGGCGUGUGUGGAGUUCCCCUCUGCCAAGGUGUGUUGCUGAAUGCGGGUCUUCUGUCACUGGCACUCAAGGCGUUCUGUUGUCCCCAAACUAUCCCCACAACUACAACAACCACCAUGAAUGUAUAUAUUCCAUCCAGACUCAGCCAGGAAAAGGAAUACAGCUGAAAGCCCGGUCUUUCAACCUGGAGGCCAAAGACAUUCUCAAGAUCUAUGAUGGCAACAAUAACUCUGCCCGCUUGCUGGGCUCCUUCACCCGAGGAGAGUUGUUGGGCCUCAGUGUCAACAGCACUUCCAGCACCAUGUGGCUUGAAUUCAUCUCAGAUGGCAACAGCACCAGUCAAGGCUUCGAACUGCAGUUUUCUAGUUUUGAGUUGAUCAAGUGUGAGGACCCUGGCAUCCCACAGUUUGGGUACAAAGUCCAUGAUGAGGGUCACUUUGCGGGGAGUUCAGUCUCUUUUAACUGUGAUCCUGGCUACACGCUGAGAGGGAGCCGGGCGCUGGUUUGCUUGACCGGGGAACGCCGAGCUUGGGACCAGCCACUACCCAUCUGCGUAGCUGAGUGCGGGGGCACUAUCAAAGGCGAGUCUUCAGGAAGGAUCUUAUCUCCGGGCUACCCAACACCAUAUGAUCACAACCUCAACUGUGUUUGGAGAAUUGAGGCAGAAGCUGGAUGCACAAUAGGGCUCCAUUUCAUGGUUUUCCACACCGAGGAAUUCCAUGAUGUUUUGAGGAUCUGGGAUGGGCCGGUGGAGAAAGGGAUCCUCCUAAAGGAAGCCAGUGGCUCCAUCUUGCCCAGCGAUGUCCACAGCACCUUCAACUCAGUGGUCCUCCAGUUCAACACUGACUUUUUCACCAGCAAGCAGGGUUUUGCCAUUCAGUUUUCAGUGUCCACUGCCACUUCCUGCAAUGACCCUGGGGUUCCACAGAACGGGAGCCGUAGCGGCGACAGCAAAGAAGCAGGCGACUCCAUUGUCUUCCAGUGUGACCCCGGAUACGCCCUGCAAGGGGAUGCCAAGAUCAGCUGUGUGCAGAUUGAGAACAGAUUUUUCUGGCAGCCUGACCCCCCCACCUGUAUAGCUCCCUGUGGAGGAAUCCUGGCAGGGCCUUCAGGUGUGAUCCUUUCACCAAAUUACCCAGAGCCAUAUCCCCCAGGAAAGGAGUGUGACUGGAAGCUGACGGUCUCUCCCGAUUAUGUCAUUGCUCUGGUGUUUCACACCUUCAACUUGGAGCCGGGCUAUGAUUUUUUGCACAUCUAUGAUGGACCAAGUUCGCUCAGCCCCCUGAUUGGGAGUUUCUACGACACCCAGUUGCCUGAGAGAAUAGAGAGCAGCAGUAACAGCCUCUUCCUGGCCUUCCGGAGUGAUGCCUCUGUCAGCAACACGGGAUUCGUAAUCCAUUACACAGAAAACCCCAGAGAAUCCUGUUUUGACCCUGGCUUGAUUAAGAAUGGCACCCGGGCUGGGGCAGAGCUGAAACUAGGCUCAACUAUCACAUACUACUGCGACAGUGGCUACUUGAUUGAGGGGGUGUCCACCCUGACAUGCAUCAUGGGAGGAGAUGGGAAACCCGUAUGGAACAAGCCACGGCCUACCUGUACAGCACCUUGUGGAGGACAGUACACGGGAUCAGAUGGUGUCGUCCUGUCUCCAAACUAUCCCCGUAACUACACAAGUGGACAAGUGUGCCUGUAUUUCAUCGUGGUACCCAAGGACUACGUGGUCUUUGGCCAGUUUGCCUUCUUCCAGACAGCUCUGCAUGAUAUCAUUGAAGUGCACGAUGGCCCGAAUCAGCAUUCCCGGCUCCUGAGCUCUCUCUCUGGUUCUCAUACAGGUGAAUCUUUGCCCCUGGCCACCACUAACCAAAUUCUGAUCAAGUUCAGUGCCAAAGGCCAGGCUACAGCCAAAGGUUUCCAUUUUGUCUACCAAGCGGUUCCUCGAACCAGUGCCACACAGUGCAGCUCCGUGCCAGAGCCCCGCUAUGGGAGGCGGAUAGGCAGUGAUUUCUCCGUGGGGGCUGUGAUUCGGUUUGAGUGCAGUGCUGGCUACACCCUUCAGGGAUCCCGCAGCAUCGAGUGCCUGACCAUGCCUGGAGCCCUCGCCCAGUGGAACUCCUCCGUGCCAACCUGUGUUGUGCCUUGUGGUGGAAACUUAACUGAGCGGAAAGGCACCAUCUUAUCCCCUGGAUUUCCUGAGCCCUACUUAAACAGCCUAAACUGCGUAUGGAAAAUAACUGUGCCUGAAGGAGCUGGAAUACAGAUUCAGGUGAUCAGUUUUGUCACAGAACAGAACUGGGAUUCCUUGGAAGUGUUUGAUGGUGGGGAUAACACGGCCACCAUGUUAGGCAGCUUCUCCGGAACAACUGUCCCUGCACUGCUCAACAGCACUUCCAACCAGCUCUACUUGCAUUUCUACUCUGACAUCAGCGUCUCUGCUGCUGGAUUUCACCUGGAGUACAAAACUGUUGGAUUAUCCAGCUGCCCAGAACCCAUGAUCCCCAGUAACGGCCUGAAGACUGGGGAAAGAUAUUUGGUGAAUGAUGUUGUCUCCUUCCAGUGUGAACCCGGUUAUGCUCUCCAGGGGCAUUCUCACAUUUCCUGCAUGCCAGGGACUGUCCGGCGCUGGAACUAUCCUCCUCCACUCUGUAUUGCUCAGUGUGGCGGGACAAUGGAAGAGAUGGAAGGGGUAAUUCUGAGCCCUGGCUUCCCAGGAAAUUACCCUAGCAACAGUGACUGCUCAUGGCGGAUAUCCCUUCCGGUGGGGUUUGGUGCUCACAUCCAGUUCUUGAACUUUUCUACGGAGCCCAAUCACGACUUUGUGGAGAUCCGCAAUGGGCCCUAUGACACCAGCAACAUCAUCAGCAGGUUCAGCGGAACAGACCUUCCAGGUUCCCUCCUCUCCACAUCACAUGAAACCACAGUCUAUUUCCACAGUGACCACUCACAGAACAAGCCAGGCUUUAAAGUAGAAUACCAAGCCUAUGAACUCCAAGAGUGUCCUGACCCUGAACCCUUUGCCAAUGGGAUCGUGCGAGGAGCUGGUUACAGCGUGGGCCAGUCCAUCUCCUUCGAGUGCUUCUCUGGCUAUCAGCUGAUUGGCCAUACCGUCUUGACCUGUCAGCACGGAACCAACAGAAACUGGGACCACCCCUUGCCCAGGUGUGAAGUCCCCUGUGGAGGAAACAUAACUGUACACAAUGGCACCAUCUACUCCCCCGGCUUUCCCAACCACUAUCCCAAUUCCCAGGAGUGCUUGUGGCUGCUCACAGUGUCGGUCGGGUAUGGCAUUUUCCUCAACUUCACUCUGCUGCAAACAGAGCCCUACAAUGACUUCAUCACUGUCUGGGAUGGGCCUCAGCAGACAGCCCCGCAACUGGGUGUUUUUACAGGAAAUUCAGCAAAGAAAGCCACGCAGAGCUCUUCCAACCAGGUCCUCCUGAAAUUCUACAGUGAUGCAGCUAAUGGAGGGGUCUUUGCCAUCCAUUUCUAUGCCUAUCAGCUUUCAAGAUGCCAGCCUCCAACGAUGAUCCCCAAUGCUGAAAUCAUUGCAGAAAACGAGGACUUCAACAUAGGUGACAUCAUUCGGUACCGAUGUCUUCCUGGCUUCACCCUGGUUGGAAAUGAAAUCCUGACAUGCAGGCUCAGUACUCACCUCCAGUUUGAAGGGCCUCCCCCAACAUGUGAAGCCCACUGCCCGAUGAACGAGGUCCGGACAGAUUCCUGGGGGAUGAUCCUGAGCCCAGCUGCCACUGGCAGUUACCCCCACUUUCAAACUUGCUCUUGGGUGAUCAGAGUGGAGCCCGACUAUAACAUCUCCCUCACUGUUGAGUAUUUCUUGAGCGAGAAACAGUACGAUGAGUUCGGGAUCUUCGAUGGUCCUUCAGGCCACAGUCCUCUGCUGUUGUCCCUGAGUGGAAACUAUUCAGCCCCUAUCACGGCAACUAGCACGGGGAAUAGAGUCUACCUCCACUGGUCCUCUGACCAUGCCUAUAGCCGAAAGGGCUUCAGGAUUCGCUACUCAGCCCCCUACUGCAGCCUCCCUCCACCUCCUUUCCACGGCUCCGUCCUCAGCCACACUGGCCUGCAGCCAGGAAGCACUAUCCGGUUUGGUUGCGACCCCGGCUACCGUCUUGUUGGUCACAGCAUCGCCACCUGUAUUAGACAUCCACUGGGCUACUUCCACUGGAAUGAAGCCAUCCCGCUGUGUCAAGCUAUCUCCUGUGGAGUCCCCCACGCUCCCAAAAAUGGUGCCAUUUUUGGAAAGGAGUACACAGUGAGCACCAAAGCGGUUUACCAGUGUGACCAGGGCUAUCACCUUCCAGCCCUGGAAGAUUCCAGCGUGGAGUGCUUGCCAAAUGGGCAAUGGAGUAAUGGGAACAACCCUCUCCCAUGUGUGGCGGUCAGCUGCCCUGACAUCAGCCACAUUGCAGUGGAGCAUGGCAGGUGGAGGCUGAUCUACGAGACGCAGUAUCAAUACAAUGCCCAGCUUAUGUUGAUCUGUGACCCUGGUUACUAUUACAUGGGACACCGUGUCAUCCAGUGCCAGGCCAGCGGGAAGUGGAGCAUCGGAGAGCCCAUGCCAACCUGCAGAAUCAUCUCCUGUGGAGACCUGCCCAUUCCACCCAAUGGAAACAAGAUCGGGACCUUGAACGUUUACGGUGCUACCUCCAUCUUCUCAUGCAAUACCGGUUACACAUUGGUGGGAUCCCGUGUGCGAGAGUGCAUGGCCAAUGGCCUCUGGAGUGGUCUAGAAGUGAAAUGCCUAGCGGGUCACUGCGGUGAGCCUGACCCCAUUGUCAAUGGACAGAUCAAUGGAGAGAACUUCAACUACCGGGGCAGUGUGGUCUACCAGUGUAACCCAGGCUUCCGACUCAUCGGGAUGUCUGUCCGGAUCUGUCAGCAAGACCAUCAUUGGUCCGGAAAGACUCCUGUCUGUGUGCCCAUAACAUGCGGACAUCCGGGCAACCCGGUGAAUGGCCUGACACAGGGCAGCCAGUUCAACCUCAAUGAUGUGGCCAAGUUUGUAUGCAACACUGGGUACCACCUGGAAGGGGCAUCCAGGUCCCAGUGCCUGGCAAAUGGCCAGUGGAGUAAUGCCUUGCCCGUCUGUCGCAUUGUAAAUUGUACUGACCCUGGGCACCUGGAAAACAGCAUCCGACAAGUUCAGCCAAGCGGGCCUCACAGAUACAGCUUUGGAACAACAGUUUCUUAUCUGUGCCACCAUGGAUAUUAUUUACUUGGCACCCAUGUCCUUACCUGUCAAGGGGACGGCACUUGGGACCGGCCUCUCCCACAGUGCCUUUUGGUUUCAUGCGGUCACCCUGGAUCCCCACCCUACGCCCAGAUCUCAGGGGAUGUGUAUACGGUUGGUUCUGUGGUACGCUACAGUUGCUUGGAAGGGCGAAGCUUGAUCGGUAAUUCCACACGCAUGUGUCAGCUUGACGGACGCUGGAGCGGCUCUCUGCCUCACUGCACAGGGAGUGUCCAGGGAUUGUGUGGCGACCCAGGGAUCCCUUCCCAUGGCAUUCGACAUGGUGGCAGUGACUUAAGUGUGGAGAGUACCGUCUGGUUCAGCUGCGAACCUGGUUACACGCUCCGAGGGUCAUUGCAACGCAUUUGCCAAGCCAACGGCUCUUGGAGUGGCACGCAGCCAGAAUGUGAAGUUAUAUCUUGCGGAAACCCAGGGACGCCCAGCAACGCAAAAGUGGUAUCUAAUGAUGGCCUGGAGUUCUCCAAGUCCAUUGUAUACAAAUGCCGGGAGGGAUAUUACUCUACAGGCGUGCUCAGUCGGCAUUGUACUGUCAAUGGAACUUGGACGGGGAGUGCUCCAGAGUGCACAGUAAUAAACUGUGGGGAUCCUGGUGUGCCAGCCAAUGGCAUUCGGCUGGGCAGUGACUUCACUUACAAUAAGACAGUUGUGUUCCAGUGUAUGCCUGGCUACACCAUGGAGUCGGACAGAUCCACUGCACUGACCUGCACAAAAGACAGGACCUGGAACAACACAAAGCCUGUCUGCAAAGCUAUCAUCUGCAAACCUCCCCAAGCUAUCCCCAAUGGCAAAGUCAUGGGUUCCGAUUUCAGCUGGGGUUCCAGCGUCAGCUACACAUGCCUAGAAGGAUAUCAGCUUUCCCUGCCUGCCGUGCUGACUUGCGAAGGAAACGGGAGCUGGACCGGAGAACUCCCACAGUGUUUUCCUGUUUUCUGCGGCGAUCCAGGAAUCCCAGCGCAUGGGAGGCGUGAAGACAGGGGCUUCACCUACCGCUCCUCUGUCUCAUAUUCCUGUUCCCCCCCACUGGUGCUGGUGGGCUCCCCCCGGAGGUUCUGCCAAUCUGAUGGGACGUGGAGCGGAACGCAGCCCAGUUGCAUCGAUGCAACUCUUACAACGUGCAUGGACCCCGGUGCACCCCUCUUUGGGACCCAAAACAAUUCCCAAGGUUAUCAGGUUGGGAGCAUUGUUUUCUUCAGGUGUCAUAAAGGAUACCUGCUGCAAGGAUCCACCACAAGAACGUGUCUCCCGAACUUGACGUGGAGCGGAGUGCAGCCCGAUUGUAUCCCUCACAAUUGCAAAGAGCCAGAGAUGCCGUCCCAUGCCAACGUGGAUGCUCUGGAUGUGCCUUCCCUAGGAUACACUUUGAUUUACUCUUGCCAGCAUGGCUUUUAUCUCACGGGAGGAUCAGAGCACAGGACCUGCAAAGCCGAUGGCAGCUGGACGGGGAAACCACCUGUUUGCCUCGCGGAUAUCCGACCCAGCGGGAGACCAGUGGGCACUGCUCGUGACCCUCUUCUCCCAAAGAUGUCAGUUCCUGCUGAUGUCUUUGCAAAGAACUCAUUUUGGAAAGGCUCUUAUGAGUACAUGGGCAGGAAGCAGCCAGCUAUGCUGUCUGUCACCAGCUUUGACCCAGUGACCAGUAAGGUCAACGCCACCCUAAUAGACCACAGUGGAGCAGAGUUGCAAGUGUCAGGGAUUUACAAAAAGGAAGAGAUGCACCUUCUCCUCCAGGUGUACCAGAUCACAGGGCCAGUGGAAACAUUAAUGGACGAUAAAUGGGCUUUAGACGGACGUGUCACCCCUGAGUCAUCAAGUGGGACAUUUGUCUACCAAGGAUUUGUGCACGGCAAAGGUUUUGGACAGUUCGGCCUCCAAAGGCUCGACAGCAGAAUUGAGCAUGAUCCUGAGUCGAUGGGGCAUCCCUUUGCGUCCAACAGCAGUUCAGUGGCAGCUGCGAUCCUCGUGCCUUUCAUUGCCCUGAUUAUUGCAGGGUUUGUGCUGUAUCUCUACAAACACAGGAGGAGACCGAAGGUGCCGUUCAAUGGCUACGCUGGCCACGAAAACACCAAUGUCCGAGGCACAUUUGAAAACCCAAUGUACGACCGCAACUUGCAGCCAACAGACAUCAUGGCCAACGAGGCAGAGUUUACAGUCAGCACCGUGUGCACUGCAGUAUAGCACUGGCAACCUUGUGCACAUUCUCCAGGGACGGGAGCCUCACCAGCACCCAAUGGUCCUCCUG